AUGGCCGCAGACAACGACAGCAUCAAGUCGGGCACUUCCUCCCAGCGUUCCGUCUCCCGCGGACGCGACUUUCAAUCGUCCGGGCGCGGUGGCGUUGGCAACAUUCGCAGGACUUCCAUCGACCCCAACUGUCCCAAAACACCCAACUUCAAUCCCGAGGAUGAUGUGACUAUGAACCGUGGUCGGGAGCCGGCGCAGGCUGGGGACAAGGACAGGGUGAGUGUUUUUGCUCUGCAGUGUUCUUUUUUCCCCUUCGACUUUGUCCCCCCUUCGCGGCCAUCAUUUUUCGAGCUUAUCGCACGCGACCGUGUCUUCGCCGAUAUUCCCUUUUUCGUCAUUCUCUUUCGCGUUCAGAUACCGGACCGUCUACCAACACGCGGUCUUGCGUGUGAGCCCAGUCGUUCUUCUCUCGUCUUGACGACGACGCACCGCCAUGGCCGAGCCACGGAUGUCGGGCAGAAUCACGUCCCGCUGCGCGAAGGCCAUCAGACACCGCAUGCCCUGCUGAAGACGUAA